AGAGAAAAUACUAUACUUGUCGUACGAAAUCUUGAUUGACGGAAAAGCAAAAACACUGUGUACGUCGAUCAUUUCUCCAAUCAAUAGUGUUGAGGCUGGUCACGUGAUGACACUAAUUUCCUAUCAAAUAACAUGAAAUUGUGUACAUUGCCUACAGACUUAUCACGGAAAAUGUGGGCUGGACAAUUUCUAACGCUAUAAAAUGACCAUUUGGUCGUGGGGUGCUAACUCCUAUGGUCAGCUGGCAAAUGGAAACUGUGAGGACCAGUUGUUACCUUGUCAAGUUACCAAUGUGCCAGACAACAUCCAAUGUAUACAUGGUGGGGGUGGUCAUACACUUACUAUAGCAGGCACUGGUCAGUUGUACUCAUGUGGAUCUAACAACAAAGGUCAGCUGGGCUUAAACAGCACAGAAGAUGUGUCAGUUCUCACUCCAGUAAUUGUUGGCAACAAUGACCCUGUUACCAUGACAACAGGAGGAUGGGACUUCUCUCUGGCAAUAUCAGCAACAUCAGAUUUGUACAGUUGGGGAUCAAAUGCUUUUGGACAACUGGGUGAUGUUAGUUUACCAAACAAAUGUUUGACGGCAGUAAAGUUAUUGUUGAUAUUCCAGACGAAGAUAUGGGAGGGAGAAAAGUUUGCACAAGUGGCUGCAGGCCUCAGGCAUGUUAUAGCCUUAACAGUAAAUGGAGAUGUGUAUUGUUGGGGACAUUCUAAAAAAGGACAAUGUGCUGUGAUUGCUGUAAAUGAUAAACUACCAUUGAAGACAACAUCACCAAAUAAAGUGGUGUUUCCAGCAGGUACAGGGAAAGUUGUAUCAGUUUGUGUAGGGUCAUAUCACUCUGUGGCUUUGACAGAUAAAGGUCAGGUGUAUGUUUGGGGAUGUAAUAAAUAUGGACAGUGUACACAAUCACCAGACGUCAUUUUACAGGUCAACACACCAUACAUGGUCAAUCAGGAAAUGUUCAAGAACCAAAAAGUUGUUGAGGUGAAAUCAGGGUGGACUCAUUUAAUUGCACAGACAGAAAGUGGAGAUUUGUUUAGCUGGGGACGUACCGACUACGGUCAGUUAGGAAGGUCAAGGUCAGAGGGAAUCAUGUAUAGUCACAUUCCAGGUCAGAUAGAUAUACAAGUGACAGUGUCAUCAUUUACAUGUGGAUCUGAACAUACACUCUUUCUUGCAGAGAAUAAAGUGUAUGCACUAGGUUGGAAUGAGCAUGGACUGUGUGCCACUGGGGAUGAAGUUAAUGUUAAAACUGUAACUAAAGUUUCUGCUUUAGAGAGCCAGUCUGUGAUAUAUAUAGCAUGUGGAGGCGGGCACUGUUUUGCAAUAUCUAAGGAAGAAUUAACACGAUCCUAGCAGAGGCUUAUAGAUGAUGACAUCUACAAAUUUAUACAAAAACAAUGGCUUGUUGCUUGAAGACACCAUGUUUACAAAUCACAACACAAAAUAUUCAGUGUCACAAGUAUUUCAUUAGUUGUAAAAUAAUUGUACCAUGGUAUUCAUGCUGAAAUGUAAAAUGGAAUCACCUCUACAAGAUGGACAAAUGUUUCCUCUCUUGUCAAAUAUUACAUUUUGUUCAGUGUUACAAUGCAUCUUACGUUUUUGGUAUAUCGAAGUUCAGUAAUUAUAACCAGAUAAAUCAAAAUAUUUAUAACUCACAUGAGCACAGGUGCACAUGGUGACCCCUAGGAGUGUUUGCUUUGUGUAGUUAACUUUUUAUAAAGUUUGUUCAAGGGCCAUUAUUAGUAAGGAAACCUAACUACCCACACUUGACUAAGAGAGAGAGAGAAUCUUAUACAUGAAUUAUUAGUCCCCUACC